CUGCUGUUUUACAGUAAAACUAAGACUGAGUAAUAGUUACACCAGCGUGCGAUGUUAAAAUUGGUUUGUUGUGCGAAUGUGUAUGGCGAUGAAUUUGCAAAGUUUAUUUCAGGAUUUCAAUCCAAGUAAAUUUGUAGUGCAUACCUGCCUUCUUAUUUUUACUGCCCUACUAGCUUUAAAGCUAGACAACACAAUAGCAUGGUCUUACUGGGCUGUUUUUACACCCAUUUGGGUGUGGAAGUUCCUAGUAGUGAUUGGUGCGACAGUUGGCACAUAUGUUUGGUGGCAGUAUCCUCAUUUCAGGUUGGAGGGUGAGGCAUACAUCCACUAUAAAGCAAUGUUAAUAAGUCUUGCCAUACAUUUAAUCUUGCUAAUGUUUGAGUUACUAGUAUGUGAUCAGCUGACUACCAAACGCCAUGUUUGGAUAUUGGUCUUUAUACCAUUGAUCUUUAUCAGUAUAGUAUCAAUAGCUAUUUGUAUAUGGUCAGUGAAACAUGAUCGUAGUUAUGAGCUUGAAUUAUUCUGUGCUGUAAAUAUUCUGCAAUUUAUAUUUCUGGCAUUAAAAUUAGAUGAUUUCAUCAAUUGGUCUUGGGAAGUUGUGUUUGUGCCUUUAUGGAUACUUAUGUGUCUCAGCCUAGUAGGUGAGUGGGUGCUGUAUAGUAUAAUAUUUGCGGGUAUUCUGCUUCGCACUCCUGAAGUCAACUUACAGCAGAGGCGCACUAGCUUCAACUCCGCCUUGGCUUACACCUUUACUGUUGUACCCAUCUUAGUGUUUCAGGUGCUGUUGACAAACAAGCUGGAUGAUGGAUUAGCUCUCUCUUACAUGGUGGUUGUGAGUCCUCUGUUCGUCAGCUAUGCCACACUGAUCAUAAUGUCGUUCAGCUCUAAAGGUGGAAAUAAAUGGUGGUUCGGUAUCAGAAAAGACUUCUGCCAGUUCCUACUAUCAGUCUUUCCAUUGUUACAAGAAUACGCGAAUAUCGCAUACAGCAACACCAAUAGAGGAUCGAACGUGGUCCCUGCUGAACCCCCUGUCAACCAGGAGCCUUAUAGGGACGAGGAGACCCAUAAAAAGGUCAAAGAGAAUAAAAAGUCCCACAAGAACCAGAAGAAAAAUGAAGCUAUGAAACCUGUAGUGCCUGUUACGAGCAUAGAUAUGCCAGAUUGAUUUUAUUCGUGGCUUUAAGAUGUGUUCAGUCGUUGAUUACCCCUUGUGUAUAUAUAGAGCUUCUUCUGUAACGGAGCAAUAUUGUUAUGUUUACAAAAUUAGCACUGCGCUAUGAUUUGUGUGUAGCUUUAGACUUUAUAUGAUUCUAGUUAAUGAGUUGUUGAUAUUUCAAAAUGGUGAUUCUAACCUUAAAUGUUGAUAAAACAUAGAGAAAUAUGUAAAAUCAUUAAAAAAUCUUUUCGCUCUAUUUUUGUAGUGUGGUUCAAAUAAAUUUUAAGUGUAAGGCUGCGUUCAUACCAAACUGACGGUCAACUGCAGACUGUGAGCGAGCGUUACGCAGUUAAUUGUGUUUCUAUAGAUAAUCUUAUCGUUCACAUCAAAACGACAAUACAUC